AUGCGCACCGCUCUUCUCGUGUGUGCCCUGCUGGGCCUCGCGGCGCUGUCGUCCGUGCACGCCACCGUCCUCUUCCAUGAGGAGUUCAAGAGCAUCGACCACUGGACGCCGUCGAAGCACCGCGACGAAUACGGCAAGGUGGAGCUGUCNGCUGGAAAGUUCUACGCCGACGCGGAGAAGAGCAAAGGCCUGCGCCUCACUGAAGACGCGCGCUUCUACGCCAUCUCCACCGCGUUCUCGGAGCCCAUCACGAACGAGAAGAAAAAUAUCGUGGUGUCCUUCUCCGUGAAGAACGAGCAGGACCUCAAGUGCGGCGGCGGCUACAUCAAGCUGCUCCCCGCAAUGGAGGCGGAAAAGUUCAACGGCGACACGCCGUACUGGUUGAUGUUUGGCCCCGACCGCUGUGGCGCUAAGAACAAGGUGCACAUCAUCCUCCACCACAACGACAAGAACUACGAGUGGCGCAAGAGCGUCCGCUUCCCCGACGACAAGCUGACACACGUGUACACGCUGCACAUCGCCCCCGACAACACGUACGAGUUCUUCCUAGACGGCGAGUCAAAGGAGAAGGGCAGCCUCGAGGCGGACUGGGACAUGCUGCCGCCCAAGGAGAUCGUCGACCCCGACGACAAGAAGCCGGAGGACUGGGUCGAUGACGCCACUAUCGCCGACCCCGACGACAAGAAGCCGGAGGACUGGGAUGACGAGCCGGCGAUGAUCGCCGAUCCCGACGCAAAGAAGCCCGAAGACUGGGACGACGCGGAGGACGGCGAUUGGGAGGCGCCGAUGAUCCCGAACCCCAAAGCGAAGGGUGCGUGGAAGCCGAAGCAGAUCCCCAAUCCCGAGUACAAGGGCCAGUGGGAGCCGCGCAUGAUUCCCAACCCGGAGUUCGCGCCGAACCCGGANUGGAAGCCGAAGCAGAUCCCCAAUCCCGAGUACAAGGGCCAGUGGGAGCCGCGCAUGAUUCCCAACCCGGAGUUCGCGCCGAACCCGGAGUUGUACAAGAUGCCAGAGCCCAUCGCCCACGUUGGCGUCGACGUGUGGCAGGUGGAGUCUGGCAGCAUCUUCAAGGACAUCAUCAUCGGCGAUGACGUGGCGGAGGUGCUCGAGCUGGUCCAGAAGACGUACAGCAGCAUGAAGAAGGCGGAGGCCGAUGCCCUCAGCGCCUCGGAGAAGGCGAAGGAGGAGGCGAAGGAGGAUGAGGCGAAGGAGGAAGUCGAUGGUGACAAGGAAGACCUGUAG